UCUAGAAACUAUAGCCUCUAAUUCUUUAUAUUUUUGCAUGGCCUAGCCAUUUUUUUAACUUAAAAAAAUACAAAAAAAUCUCCACUUUAUUUUUUCUUAUCAAUAUUCACCAAUAUGGGAAUGGAAAUGGGAAGUGGAGACAAUAAUACUAAUUGGAUACCAAUUAUGAAGAAAAGAAUGAAUAUUCUUGGACAGAAGAUGAAAAAAUUUCCAAAAUUAACAUGGAAAACAAUUUGGAAAGUUGGGAAAGAUGAUCCAAGAAGGGUUAUUCAUUCACUCAAAGUUGGUUUUUCUUUGACAUUGGUUUCAUUAUUAUAUUUAAUGGAGCCAUUGUUUAAAGGUUUUGGAAGUAGUGCUAUUUGGGCUGUCAUGACUGUGGUGGUUGUUCUUGAAUUCACAGCAGGGGCAACAUUAUGCAAAGGUUUAAAUAGAGGAUUGGGAACACUAUUAGCAGGAUCACUGGCAUUCUUUAUUGAAUAUGUUGCCACAGAAUCUGGCCACAUAUUUCGAGCUAUAUUCAUUGGAGCCUCAGUUUUUUUCAUUGGAGCUGCAACUACGUACAUGAGAUUUUUCCCCUACAUAAAGAGAAACUAUGACUAUGGUGUGGUCAUAUUUCUCUUGACUUUCAAUUUGAUCACAGUGUCGAGCUAUCGUGUUGAUAACGUGUUAAAAAUUGCGCACGAGCGCUUAUAUACCAUAGCUAUUGGUUGUGGUAUAUGUCUCCUUAUGAGCCUAUUGAUACUACCAAAUUGGUCAGGAGAAGACCUCCAUAAUUUCACUGCUGCUAAGUUUGAAGGCUUAGCAAAAUCUAUUGAAGCUUGUGUUAAUGAGUAUUUCAGAGAUGAGGAACAACAAAAAGCCAGAGAAAAUUCGUCAGAUUUGGAGGAUCCUAUUUACAAUGGUUAUAAGACUGUCCUGGAUUCCAAAUCAUUUGAUGAGACCCUGAGGUCCCGAGGGCCUCGAGUUGAUUUUGGGUGA